AUGCCGAAGGUGCCCCGAGCCGCGAAAGCCGACCGCUCACAGUCUCCGAUGAAGAGGGGCCGUCCCGGCCGUGGAAGCGUCGGCGCCGCGCCGCGCGCUCGCACGUCCCUCAGCCCUCUGGGCAGGGCUCAGGACUCCGAAUCUUCGCUGCUGCUCCCCCAUCGGCCCGCGUACGACAGUGACGACGACAUAUUCGUCCUGCCACCGCAGCCCGCGCCGCCCGGCCCGGGCGAGGCGUGUCUGCCAUCGGGGCGCCGCAAACGCAAGCUGCUCCACGAGUCCGACUCGCAGCCGUCCAGCGAAUCGAGCCCCGCUCCGGAGGAGCGCGGGGCGCAAGUCGACUCGCGGGUGGCUGAGCUCGAAGCUGAGGCGAAGCGGCUGCGGGCCGCGCUGGACGGGAGCGGCGCGCUGGUGGAGAGCUGGAAGGCGCAGGCGCAGCAGCAGGCCGCGGAGGCGGCGGCGGCGCGCGAGGAGCUGGCUGCUGCGCGGCGCGAGCUCGAGCAGAGCAUCGCGGAGCGCGAGCGGUGCGCGGCGGAGGCGGACAGCCUCCGCCGGGACCUGGCCGCGAUGUCGACGCGUGUCGAGGACCUGAAACACCUCCGGGGGGGUCUCGACGGCCAGUUGGCGGACGUCAAGGCGCUCUGCUGCAACAUCCUCACCGCCGUGGGCGGCGCGAAGGUCGACGGGGGCCGCGCCGCCUCCCCGCCGCCCCGCGCAGACGCCCGCGCCGCCGCCGCCCAGCGCGGCGCCGCCCAGGAACGCGCCGCCGCCGAAGAAGCCGGCGCUGGCCGCGCGCGCGCCCGAGAAGACGUUCCGCGCCGCUCCGGCGGCGCCCGCGGGCGAGCUCGGCGAGGAGUUCUACGACAGGCUGCAAAACAACCUGGAGUACAACUUGCAAGAGUUGUGGCCUGA